AUGCGUUGUGAUCAAAAUGGUGCUCACUUAGAUAAGGUUCCACUUGUAGCUCCGGCAGCAAUAAGGCCUUACCCAAAAGCUUCGCCCAGGAAGAAAACACGGCAUGGUUGUCAGCCAGGAAAAACAAAAAUCUUAACCGAAACUCCUGAAAAAGAAGAUAAUCCUGUAGCUGAUCCGGCAACUGUUGGGAUACUCACCGAAAGGAACAUUGAGGAGAACCGAACGAUGGCUGCGAAAAACUCGAGGGUAGGAGGAAUUAAAAAGAACAUCUUUCAAGAUGAUGAAACAGAAACGCAACGGGAAGAUAGUUCAACCAUAGUCGAGCAUAAAUCCAGAAAGAGAAAUUUCAGGAGUUCGACUGGAAAUGGAAGCACAAGAAGAAAGACCAAGUUGAAAAAACGCGUUAAAUCCAGUGAAACAGAAUCAGAGGACGAGUGCGUUAUCCAAUAUGCUGAUAGCUCGAGUGGUGACGAGGCUCAAGAUCCAAGUGACCCUUGGUAUUGUUUUGUUUGCCAAAACGAAGAGGUUUUAGAUAUGCGCCUUUGCAUUUCCUGUAAAAGGUAUGCACAUGAAAUAUGUGUAGGACUGACGAAUAAAGACAAUGAAAACUUCAUAUGCCAUGAGUGCGACUGA